UUCAAACAGAAAAAUUUGGCAAGAGUCGUCAAGGGCACAAAUAAGAGUCUUUCAAGAAUCAUUUUAUAAUUCUAUCAUGGGUGUUUCUCAACAGCCUCUUCUUGAAUCCCUUGAAUUUCUCAACAAAUUACUCAAACAAUCCAAAGCCAGGAGAAAAUGGUCUUCCCAAAGAGCUAGUAGCAUCAGAAGAGGGCAUAUCAAGAACGGAAAAUCAAGAAGAAUUUUAAUGAAACGGAGGGCACUUCUGGAUCGUUCCCGGAGGCCGGUCAGCCCGGCCAGAAACCAGAUUGAGAGGAAGGUAAGAACCCUGAAGAAACUUAUUCCAAACUGUGAAUCAAUGCCAAACUGUGAAUCAAUGGGAUUGGAUAGGCUUUUUAGAGAGACAGCAGAUUACAUAAUAGCUUUGCAAAUGAGAGUUAAAGUCAUGCAAAUUAUGGUCAAUGUAUUUUCAGGUUCUGAUGAGUGAUUUACUGAUUAUAGUUCAUAUAUAUGUAAAGGCUGAUUCCAUUUUUUUCUUCUUUGUUGAAUUAUUAUUUUAGUUUAUUUGGUGUAAUAGCAUGGAGCUGGUUUUUAACUCCAGCUAUAUGCAUGGAUCAUGCAGCUGGCUUAGAUUAUAGAGUGAUCAUUCAAUUAUAUUGUGUGAAGUUGGCUUUAAUUACAAGGAAAUAUGUUUUUGUUGGAUUUAA